UCACCUCACCUACCAACCCCCUCUCUCUCUCUAUAAAAAAAAAGAAAAUAAAUAGAAGAGUACUAUAAAUGUGAUGAAAUAGUUGCGAACCAGGAAUCAAGAAAGAGUUAAGUGUUUGUAACUAAUGGAGAAAAAUGAGAGCAAAAUACUUAUAUUUGGAGGGACAGGGUACAUUGGAAGUUACAUGGUGAAGGCAAGCAUCAAAUUAGGACAUCCGACUUAUGUUUUCUCAAGGCCAAACUCCAACAACACUGAAAUCCUCGAUCAACUCCGAUCGAUGGGGGCCAUUGUAGUACAAGGAAUAUUGGACGAUCAUGAGAAGCUUGUUUCGAUUCUUAAGGAAGUUGAUGUGGUGAUCUCUGUGUUACCGUACCCUCAAGUUCUUGACCAGCUCAAAAUCGUGGAUGCCAUCAAAGUUGCUGGUAACAUUAAGAGAUUUUUGCCAUCGGAUUUUGGGGUCGAAGAGGAUAGGGUGAGCCCAUUGCCACCCUUUGAAGCAUUUCUGGAGAAGAAGAGGAAAAUAAGGCGUGCCAUCGAAGCAGCAAAUAUCCCGUACACUUUUGUCUCUGCAAAUUGCUUUGGUGCUUACUUUGUCAACUAUUUGCUCCGCCCUUUUGACCAUAAUCAAGAAAUCACCGUUUACGGCACCGGUGAAGCUAAGGCUCUGCUGAACUAUGAAGAAGACAUUGGUAUUUUCACUCUCAAAGUGGCGACGGAUCCAAGAACAGAAAACCGUGUGGUGAUAUACAGGCCACCUGGCAAUGUAAUAACACAGCUUGAGUUGAUUUCUAUGUGGGAGAAGAAAACCGGGAAAACUUUCGAAAGGGUUCAUAUCCCAGAAGAAGAAAUCGUGACCCUUUCACAAACUCUGCCAGAUCCUCAGAAUAUACCGGUUUCCAUACUUCACAGUGUGUUCAUAAAAGGAGCGACGACGAACUUUGAUCUUGGGGAAGAUGACAUUGAGGCUUCAUCACUAUAUCCGGACUUGAAAUGGACCACCAUUGAUGAACUUCUCGAUAUUUUCCUGCAAAAUCCGCCAAAAUCUGCUAAUGCAGCAUUUGAAUAAUUGUUUUUGUUUUCGAGAAAAAAUAAAAAAGUCGUCUUCGAUUUGAUUUGCUUCAACUGUUUUGUGUGCUAAGUACGGGACAAUGCAUCCAAUUAGAUUUGCCAAGAACUCUUGCUUUUUAUGUCAAUUGUACCGUAAUGACUGUAUUAAGAAUAUCUGUUCCUUUACAGUUCAGAAAUUCAUAAACAUCUACAGCAAAUUAUGUUUUAAUUUUUUAA